GUCACAAAUGACCUGUCAUUAAAUAAAAAAUAAUACCUCGACAACCGUUUUAAAUUUUUUCAACUUAAACUCUCCCUCUCCCCGACAAUAGUUACCCUUCUUAAAUUUGUCGUCUCCUUCGCACAAAACUCCCUUUCUCCCUCAAGCGUUUUCAAACUUCCUUUCCGUUCGAAAACUUCAUACAUGUUCGAAAUCUAGUGAAAGUUGUACAAUGCUUGUUGUCUCCGGCCCUCCCUUCUCAACUCACUGCACUUCCGCACGAUGGUUUAGAAAUCAAACGAAUUUAGUUCAAAAAUUUUCCAGUCGGUUCCACAAUAUUCUCUAAAAAAAAAAAAAAAACAAAAAAACACACGCACGCACACACAAACGUAACAGGCGUGACAAUCUCCUCCAAACAAUUUCCUAAAUCAAGGGUCUUUCAAAACGUGUACCAUAAAUACACAUCCAUCAUUAUGGCACAAAAUCUCCAUAAAGUUCCAUACAAUUACCAUAUUCACCAGAUCACAUCCCACAUUUCUCACAACACAAAAAUCCAAUCUUUAGCCACCUUUUUCUGAGCACCGCUUCGAAAUCCCAGAUACACCCUCGUACUCUCCUCCUUUCCUCAGUCAGUUACUCCGUAAUUUCCUCCAACUUGAGUGGCAAGUCACUACCCCUCUUUCAAAUACUCUCCCACCCACACACCACAGGCCCUCACCACGAACCCCUCCAGAACUCUUCCCAUUUUCCGAAUUCCCCAAUCGCCAAUCCCUACUUUCAAACUCUCCUCCCUUCUUCCCCCGAUUUUUGAUCCAAAAAUAGAAAAAAUUACCCAGAAAAAGCUCCAAGUUUUGCAAAAAUGGAGGACUACAUGCGCGGCUGCACUCGGAAGCUGGCGCUCUGGUACACUCGGACCUUCAAGCCCAUGAUGACCCACGACGAGCUCGAGCCGAUCAUGGCGACCCUCGGGUUCGUGGGGCUUCCCCCGUCUUCGUCGUCGUCGGCUGCGACGAAGGAGUACGUGUUCUCCGCAGCCGGAGGGUGGCGGAGCAAGUGGGCUCCCCCGGCAGAGGCGCCGCUGCCGAGGCCGAGGCUGCCCUACCCGAGAAUCGACGGGCUUCACAUCUAUACGUACCGGGCGUUUAUUGACGCCGUUAACUGUUCCCUCGAGAUGAGCGACAUCUCCGAUCUCUUCCAUGUAAGAGGCAUGCCUCUCCAUGAUCUCCAUCGAAUUAGCGACAGAAACCGCAAAUGGCGCAAAAUGGAAGAAGAUGACAGUGUGUUUGUUUACAGAGAAGGGACAUUGGAUCAAGCAACAUUCAACCUUUAUCACUCUACUAAUAAGAACAUCAGCAACAGCACCGCCAGUAAUAGCGGCAGCAGCGUUACCAGCGAUAAUUCUAUUGUCAUUCGGGAGAAAGGGAACAAUACCCCUGUCAGCUGCAUUGUUCCGUUGAAAGAUAUCAUAGUGUGAGCCUCUUACUCCAUCAACAUCAAGGUUGUAACUUGGGAAGAACGUAAACACAGAAAACCUCACAGUGAUUCAUUUUAUAUAAACCCUAAAGUUUUCCUCUCUAGUCGCUCCUUUUUUGUG